AUGUCCACUCCCCAAAGCCUCAACGCUGGGGACAACCCCGAUUCUGGCCCCGACCCUGGCUCUGGCGCUAACACUGGCACUAGCACUCGCACUGGCAGUGAUCCCCAGGGCAGCUACUGGAGGGCAUAUGGUCCCUACCCACCCCAACGCUGCGCGGAAGAGGGCAAAUUUCUAUGUGACUGCCCAACCCACAACGAGUGGGAGUGGCCUACCGAGUAUGCCGAGCUGACAAUCGCCCCCUGCGCAUACAGAUGUCCCUACUGUGAGGAAUUCAACAAGGCCGGAAGGACAAGGCUAAUGGCCUCGAACCUCCGUCGCCACAUCAGAGAAAGGCACAUUGAGGGAAACCCUGCUCGGUAUGGUACUCUUGUGGUCUCGCCUGGAGUGCUAGGGAGAAAUUCGCCUUCUAAGUGA